ACGGCUAGCCUACCUUCGGGCUCCACCGCCUCCGCAGCCCCGCGCCGCUCAAACCCUAAACCUCCUCCCCCGCAUCGGAAUCUCGCCAUGGCGGCGGAACCGCCGGAGCCCGCUUCCUCGCGGGACGCCCCGCCCACGGCUCCCUCUUCCUCCUCCUCCGCCGCCGUCGUCGCCGGCGUGGGCGGCCCCAACCCGUGCUGCGCAAAGCUGUGGAAGAAGUACCAGAAGCUGGAGACGAGCCGGACGGCGCUGCGGGAGGCGGUGAAGCUCCUGCAGGCCGAGAACGAGAAGCUGCAGAAGGAGAACUCGGAGCUCGGCAAAGUUUGCAAGGAGGAACGCCUACGAGGUGAUUCAGCAGAAGCAGCUAGGGCAACUGAGUCUGAUGCCAGAGAUCUGCUAGAAAAGGAGAUAAUUGAAUUAAAGACGCAGAACUCACAUCUGCAGCAAACACAAAAUAUCUGCAAACAUGAUAAUGAACUUUUACGCAUCUCUGAACUGGAGGAAGAAAAUAGAAAGCUCAAACAUAUUUUAGGAGAAGAAUGGAAGAAGAUUGCUUCUGAGAAGAAAAAAGCCGAAGAAGAAAAGAGUAAGGCUCUAGAAAUGCAAAAGAUAUUGAAGUCAGAAACACAGAAGUCUGAAGAGUAUAGAAGAGUUGCUGAUACAGAAAGGAAAGUUGCCAAUGAUUGGAGAGCAUCAUGUGAAAGGUUGAGGAGUGAAGCAAAUGAAGUCAGAGCCCAAUUGGCAUCUCAGAUUCAGAAAACAGAGGAGGCACUUAAAAGGGCUGAAAUGGAGAAGCAGAAGGUAGCCAGAGAAAAGAAACGUUCUGAUUCAGAGAAAUCAUUAGCUGAAAAGAACAAAACACUAAUUGAAGUUGAGAGGAAGAAAGUAUCAGAAGAGAAGUUCCGUGCUGACAAUUUAUUUGCAAAGUUAGAGGAGCAGAAGAAACUCAAUGAACGUUUGCGAACUAGUAUUCAAGUUGAAACGAAGAAUGGAAUAGAAGAGAAAAAGCGAGCAGACCAUCUGCUCCAGAAAUUGGAAGAGGAGAGGAAACAGAAUGAACAUUUACAGAGAAAGACAAAUGAACUUUGUGCUGGUAGAGAUGUGAUUUCUUCUGGCAAGUAUGGUCGGAAACAUGUUGAUAGAGCUUCUGAGAGUGCAAAUGUAAAGCUUCUUAAAGAGAAGCUUAAGCUGAAGAAAGAGCAACUAAAGCAUGUGAAGAAUGUGUCAAAGCUAGAUAAAGCAAAAAAUGCUUUGAUAAGAAGAGAGCUUCAGCGUUUAAAACAAGACUGGAUGCAACUACUGAGCCGAUUUAACAUGCUCGAUGACCACCUUGCUGGUGGUGUUGAAGGUAUUCAUGUCUUAACAGAGUUGGAGCAGCACCCGGAGAUACGUGGCUUCGAACAAAAGUUGCUUCCUAAUGAUUCAGUUCCUGCACCAUAUUUUGGGUUGCAGUCUGGGAUGGUUCCAUUCGGCUCUUCUAUCCCAAGAGGAUACACUUCAUAUCAGUUACCCAGAGAAAGCUGCACACGACCGAUCUCAGGUACUAGUUCUGAAUUAGGGCCUCCUCUUGGUAGCUCUCACAGGACAAAGUCCAAAAAGUCAAAAAGUCACUACAGAUCUUCAUGUCCCACAUCCACAUCUGAUGAAAAGUUCAUGGGCUCACAGGGUAAGGAUGGCCUUUUUGUGUCCUCAUCAACAGAUAUCAGAAAUAACCAGGCUUCUGUUGUUCCUGAGCGGUGUCCUAAAGAUAGUAAUGGUAGAUCAUUGCCUCUAGAAGCAUCGAAGUUGCCCUUGUCUGGUUGUACAGAAGUUACAGAUAAAACACUUGGUGGUGAUAGGAGGAGAAAAAGGACCAAAAAGUCUGUAGAACCUGCUGCUUGUCUCCCCUAUAAACAUGGUUUGCUGCAUUCAGAAUUGAAGGCCCAUGCUGCCACUUCAAAUGAUGAUCCUUCAAAUAACAACAUGCUGUCUGUGACUGAAGGUGACAUGGAAAGUCAUAGGAGAAAAUAUCUUGCUGUCUCUGAUAAAGCUCCUUCCUUCAGUUUCCCUUCCAAAGUGCCUUCUCCUGGUGCAGGAAAUGACUGUGCAGGUAGCAAGUUUGCUUCAUUGCUCUCCUUUGAGGAAAUGAUCAAGGAAAACUGCUUGAAGUUACUCAAUUUUGAUGAUGAUGCAGAUGAGGAAAAGUACAGAAAGGCAAAGGAGAGACCUCUUUCACCAAACCUACCCAUUAUUCGACCCCGCAGAACUAAAGUGCCUACAUGUGCAGAACCUGGCAGUUUGGGUGAUAGAACUGUCAAUUGUUGUCCUGCCUCUGGAUCCGAUUCCAUUGAUUCCACGAUGUCCGAAGUAUUGGAAGUUAAAGAGCCUGGGAUUCAGAAAUUGGCUCAAAAUUGUAUCCAGCUUGAUCCAUCCUCAAAUAGAAUUGAGUGCAGUGACUAUGUUGAACAGCUUGGUGCAAAUAAUAAAUCCAAGGCAGCUGGCAAUGUUUCUUGUAGUGCCGGUUUGGCUGGUAUGCCAACAAACGCUUCUUUCGGCAGCCUUUUGCAUGAGGAUGUGGCCGGGAAUUCUGAUACAGGCAGACUAGUGUUAUCAGGAAGUAGCUGUGUUGGUCAUUCAAAUUCCAUUUUGCAUUUCCAGCAUUUGUCCAAGGAAGUGCCUAGCAAAAACAGCUCACAUAAGAUUUGUGACAGAUCAUCAAAUUCUUUACUGCAAUCUAAUGUUGGGGCAAGUGAGACAACAGUGACCAAGCCAAACAAUUUGGACUCAAUUAGUAUGCUUGGGCAUUAUUGUGGAUCCGAAAGACCUCCAAUGCACUUAGUUGUAUCUACAAGAAUGAAAAGAAGCACCAUGAUCAACAUAUUAAGAUAUUGGGAGAUGCUGGAUUCUCAAUCUCGAGAUCUUUCUAAGGAAUCUUCCAUUGAUGGUCCAUUGCUUGAAAAAGUAUCAACCGACCCUUUGAUAUCUACAGAUGAGAAGGUUUCCCUCAUAUUUUCCCUUUUGUUGUGGGAUCUUAGAUUCGCAGAAGAAACUUUUGCGGAUGGAAAUUUUGCCUCAUCAGCUUUUUCCUUAAGUGUGAAGUCUCAUAUGGAAACAAGGUGGACUAUUCUGAGAGGGGAUCAGCUUGAUGUUCUUAUAUCCUUGAUUGAAGAUUUUCUUCUGAACAAAGAAGUUAUAGUAUGUGAAAAAAUGGGACAGAAGGCAUUUGGCGCAAGCAAGGAUCAUGAAUUAGAUGACGAAGCUGGUAUACAGAUUUCAGUUAAACCUGCGAAAGUAGAUCAAUUUAUCGCUGCUUGCAUUCUGUUGGCUUCAAUAUGUGUGGAAGUGGAGAGAGUGGAUGUUGUUUUAGAGGUUUCGUACAAAGUUCUUCAGAUGGGUAAAAGUAAUCUUUUGUGGACUCUGUUGGCUCUCCAUGUCUUUGGUUCCAUGUGUGGUGACAAGUUUCUCUUUCCAAAGAGUUGCAACUUUCUCACGACGGCUAUACGGUUGGUCGUCCAGCUUCUUGAGAGUAAAGACCCUUCUCUAUGCCUUAUGUCAUCAUAUGUCCAGUCAGAUAAGCCAACAACAUUACCGUCCUGUGCACAUUGCCUGUUUGAUGUGGAUAAGGUUUCCAUAGAUGGUUUUAUCUCUUCUCUAUUGGAUGAGCUGGAUUUAUGUUCACUGCUGUGGAAUAACCAUGCCUACUCAAAUGAAACUACAAGGCACAGUUCUCAUUCGGGAUCAAGUGGGCUUGAGAUCAACUGUGGUGAGCUUUGCUGUAUAUCCAAGCAAGGAAAACUAGCUGAGGAUAGUGGUAACUGUCCUGCAGGGAUCAGCUUAUGCUACUUUACCGAGCUAAUUUCUUUGCUUGAGCUCUUUGGGAUUUAUAUGAGCUGCGAAUGGACAUACAGCAACGUUAUUGUCCGUCUUCUGGAGAUUCUGGAAUCGUGCAUGUGCGAUGAGUAUUCAGCUGCUCUGUUAGUACUUGUCAGCCAACUCGGAAGGUCCUUUAUUGAUAAUGUUGGUUAUGAGCAGAGAAGAGUUAGUGAGCUGAGGGACAAGUUAUCAUCAUUGUUAGCAGGGACAAGUUUUACAAAAUCAAGGAGUUUAAGUGUUCAGUUUUCUGCCAUUGGUGCGUUGCUCAGCGUCCUUCCAUUGCCAUUUGACAAAAUUAUUGCCACUCAAAGUAGACAGUUAUCUGGUCCCUUUGUUGUGCAAGAGAGACAGAUUUCUGAAUGGUUUGUUCAGUUAAGCAACGAGCAUCAAUCUUUAGCUCGUUCCUUUUUUAGCUGAAAUUUAUGUAUCGCUGCAUGCAUAGCUGGGCCUUUCAUUUCACGGACCAGUGAAGAAUGCCUCGUGCAAUUUUGAUAUGUUCCGCACAGGUGUAUUCAUGGUCCCAUAACAUGAUUUUGGAUGACUCCCUUGCUUUGACAGUUGGCACAGCAUAGCGGAUGAUGUUUGUUCUCAUCUUUGAAGAUGCCAAAGUAUUUUGCAGAUCAUCUUUUUUUUUUUGUCAACAUCAUGUUGUCAAAAUUUCUGCAAGAGCAGCUAAGAAACCCAACAGCGAAGCAUUUGGAGAAAAGGACAUGCAAAUGCUGGAUUUGGACUGAGAAUUGUGUUUUCACCAGAAGUCUGAGUCGAAAUAGGUUGCAGAUUUUUUGCACUGUUUGGAUGACAAACGUGAUCAGUACAUCAGAGAUUAUUGAAUCAAGAUUUCUAAAUUGAAGAGAUGGUCCGUCCAAUUCAUGCAUGGUCUCAGUAAGAUUGCCAAAUGGCGAUGAUCGGUGUGAGGUUUGGAUCAGGAUCUGAUGCCCUCCGAGGAAGCUGCAAGUCACGAUUGGGCAUAUGGAUGAGACUGGGAGUAUGUUUUGGUGGCAGGAUUCUUUGCUGAAGUGAAUUUUGAUUAAGAUAUCUUGGUCCCACCAGAAUCAAUUUUGAUGAAUUAAUAGUUGUAUUCUGCUUUUUAGAUAACAGAGGGGGUAGGCAAGGUUUCUGUGCCACAGUGCUUGUGCAAGGUGAUACGAAUUUUGAUGGAUUCACCUUCGUGUCCUGCUCGCCCGUUUUUUUUCCUCCCCUGUUAGAGUGGACAUAGACUGUCCAAGAGGUGUUUGCCUAUGUGCUAGGCCCUGUAUGCACUCAUGUAUGAAGGCAAGCGAUUUCUUGGCUAUGGCUUUGCAAUGUCAGACCUGAAGUUUCGCGAUUUAGCCCUCGCACUCUCAUGUUAAACUAGUUCCACAAUUUGUCAUCUCAUAUAUGACUUGUUGUCUGGUUACUAGUAAUUUUUUGCAGGCUUGUUGCCA